AUGGGACGGAUUGACGGAUGUCUGCAGAGGAGCCGGCAUCGUGUACCUGCUCUCCGCGCUAGAUCUUCCCGACUCUCCGAGCAAGGCCAGGCUGAGGGAGUUCAGAGCAGCGAGACCCAGAACCUCGGCGAAGGAGUGCUGUACACGUGUGCCCUGAGGCCAGGACUCGUCUACGGAGCGGGGAAAGACGAGCCGCUGCUGCGGGCGCUGUCAUGGAUGGGGUGGGGGCUAAACCGCGUGACCCUUCGCGGGCUCCCGGAAGCCAAGUCGGAUAUGAUUUUCUUCCAGAACCUGAUCGACGCGACCGUGCUGGCCGGCACCCAGCUUGCGGAGGGAGCGGCGGGUGCCCAGGCCGGCGGGGCGGGGUGGAGCACGCGGAAGGGCCCGGCGUGUUCUGGCCAAUCGUACUGCGUCACCGACGGGCAGCGCGGGGGCGGAGACGGAGAUGGUGGAGGUGUACAGCCGGGCGGCCUGCAGGCGUUCAUGGACGGCGUUCUCGAGGGCCUAGACUUCACGACAUCGAAGGUGCUGCGUUUGCCGGUGUUUUUUGCCCUCGCGAUCGCUUGGGCGAUGGAGCUAGUGUGCAAGAUGAAGCUGACGGAAGCUCCCCCUUCGAUAACGCGUAGCGAAGUCCGGAAGCUGGUCGAGAAUCGUUGCUCAGACAUCGAACGAGCCCGGAAGGAUCUGGGGUAUGAGCCUAGGGUGGACCGCAACACCGCCCUGAGGACGAUCGUGGAGGACCUCAAGAGAGACGGCUGGGGGCGGCACACCCUCCUCGUGCCGGGCCUCGGCUACUGGAUCUGCAUCCCCCUCGGCAUUUGGCUCAAUGCGGUGGCUGCCUUCAAGGCACUGUGCCCCGCCUUCUUGGCACCGGUUCAGCGAUUCUCGCUGUACAUUCAUCUCGCGGUUUUCCGAAAGCUGUGGAUCGUCCGCCUAGUCUGCGUUCUUGCCAUCCUGGCGCACGUCCUGGAAGGAUGGUACGCCUUCGUCCGCGCCAAGAGGGCGGGCCACGGGGACACGGCUCCCCGGUGGCUGAUCCAGACUUUGAUCCUCGGGUACCCGUCGACCCGCUUGGUAAUGCGGCUCUUGUCGUGAGAACGAGAACGACCUCUUCCGCCUACGACGGCGCUAGAAGGCGCAGUUCAGCAGUUCAGCAACGCGGGUGGAGUGGCGGCUGUGUGUCGACGAAGCGGGGUCUCGUGACUGCUCUUGUGGCGGGAUUUGUGCGUCUGUGUGUGUGUGUGUUUUCCCGACCGUUGAUUGUCUUCAUGCCUGUCUGCUGCGAGGGGGGGAAGGGGGUGUGCCGCCUACGCCGCCGGCGCCGCUUCACGAUGGCGCAUUUUUUUUUUUUUUUUUUUUUGGGGGGGGGUAUGGUGUGGUGUUGCGGGAUGCGGCGGUCCUUCGGGACGGUCUUACCAUGGAGAACGGCCACGUGUUCCGUUGAUAUGUGCGCCUUUUCUGCGAAGCAGAGAACACCUACGAUUGCAGGGAUUUUGUGGGUGUGGUGUGUAGCCGAGUAUGACGUUGGUGCGGUAGACAUUUUGUUGGUUGUUUUUAUUCGUGUUGACCGCCUGGGCCCUGAUGGUGGCGGCUCGGGGUGGUGUAUUGUUUCCGUCGGUGGGUGUUGGCGAAAAGAGCGACAGCAGUGUGCUCGACUGAGUCAUUCGUUGCUGUCUCCAGAUAGAUUCACUAGAGUACUUGUCCUCUACCUGUGUUCAGGAGAAGUCUACACUGCUGUCGUUUUUCGUCGGGGUUGCUGCACGGCUGCAUGCAUUUGUUUGGAACGUGUGUCUUGCAGGUGUUCAUGUUUUCUUUUCUUGUUUACUUACAAGAGGCCUUCCCGGCAACUACUUGUAGUUUUAUCGCUGCUCGCAGUCGUGUUAAUGUGAACGCAGGGAAUCGAGAAGCCUGCAGUCUGGUCGAAGAUAUUGUCGCUGGCGUGACGUGUUUUUUUCAUUUUUUUGCGGGUCCGAGGUUUGACCACACCGGUGACAACGUCUUUGUUGAGAAAGCUACGUCUAUGCUUGCAGGUGUGUCGAGAUGGUGAUCUUACGGGCCGUACGUCCGACAGUGUGCUUGAGCUGUUGCCGUUGAUUCAACACCGACUCCUUGCCCCUACACGUGAUGACCGUUUCGUCAAGUGUCAUGCCUGACUCGGGGAGGGUACUACAAGUUUAGGAUAAGUUUAGGAGACGAUUUGCGCUUGACGAGGCGGCGGGUGCCUUGAACCAGAUGGACCCGGAGCGAUGCUAACGGUUCGGGAAACUUUGCGGCAAGGCGUUAUUGUUUGUGUACGGCUGCCUCUUGCGCAGUGCGUGGCGCUCGCAAGGCCCCGGCAGACACUGUUGUAUUGUGUUUUUUCCGCGAUGCUUCCAACCAGGGGGAGCGUUCGUUGACGUUGUCGCUGGCACAAGACUUUUUAUCGGACUUGUUGUUCUGGGCCAAGCGUUGAGCUGUGUUGUGGCGUUGAAGAGCAUACAUCCCUUCCCCGUUUAUCGAAUAUUCUUUCGUAUCAACUCGUGUUUAAUGGCACGGCUAUAU